GAAACGACAAUUUGUGGGUUGAUGUUUUGGCUUGCGGGGUGAAAAAGUAUUGGCGUAAGUGGAAGGGGUGUAAACAUUUUAUCUGAGAAAUACCGAAGAUAUUCUAAUCCAGUCUUGUGAUAGGCGUUUUGGUCAUGAAUUGGUGCAUCUGAUAAUUAUAAGCCUAACGUUGUGAUUCGUUUUACGCUCGAAAAAGGCUUUCUUUUACCGGUGUCACACUGUACUGGCCUCAUUAGCGCGGAUGCUUUUUUUUGUUAUUGAAAAUGAGAAACGUUUCUGUUAGUGAGCGGAUCUCACCUAAAUGGAAGUCUUUGAGGAGAAUCGAGGCGUUUGGAAAUUAUGAAGAUUUCUUUUAAUUGCAUUUGUAAACACUCUUAUCUGCGGACGACUUACCGGCGUUUUCAAGAUGGCGUCACAGCCGGAUACAAAAUCACCCGAACCCGACCUCAACUUAGGAGACUACGGUGAUCUCCCUUUGCUUUUUCGGCACCUGAAACGAAUCCUCGUCGACAACACAGAAUAUUUCGAAAAAUACACAUCCAAGACAGUAUACAAGCGAUUUUACGAUAGCUUUAACUUGAUGCUGACAACCAUUGACGUGAUGGAAGAAAGCACCAUUUUACUUGCACGGACGGCUCCCUUGUAUGAUUACAGCAGCGAUGUUAAGGGAAAUGGAUAUCGGAGCUUGAUAAGACUUGUUGAACAGUGCAUCCGUUCUGUCACAGAGCUGGCCGCGUAUUGCCAAUCACAUCGAGAUAGGUUUUAUUUUCGUUCUCAUCACUAUAGCCUGGAAAUGGAGGCGUUUGCAAAUCUUUUUCACCGUACUUCAGAGUUAUUACAGUUUGCAAGAAUCGUUAUAGAGGACAGCGUCCCCGACAAUUUAUUCCCGGAGUGUUUUGACUCUAAAGUCAUGCUCGAAGUGGAGCAGUUGGAUAGAGAGUGCUUUUAUGGUAGAACUCUAGGAUUCCAGGUGAGUCGUGUUCAUGCUGUUACUACCACUGCAGGGUACAAUGUAUGUAAAACCAGGACAAGCUCUGAGGAAAUUCCUGUGGAGGGUUCGUCGAACCUGUGUAUGGGUACCUGCAAAUGUCCAUUUCAUCACGCAUUUUCCAUGAAAUUGUCGCAUACCGUAUUUAUUUGAUUAACCGCCCUUGGCGCUUAUUAAAUUUUUGGACCUUGAGAGUGGGCGCUUAUUCGAGGUAGGCACUUAAUACAUUUUCACCAUUUUCAGCAACUGAAUUAUGUUUAUUUUGCAACAAAACAAUAAAUGCAAAUAAAAAAACGUGAAGAAGUAACAAAGCAAGGUUUCUGUAAAAUACUCUGAAGAAAACUCCAUCCUUGGGGAAGUCUCUUAUUAGGAUAUUAUUUGUUCACUCAAGUGGGUGGGGUGGGGGUGAGUGCUUAUUUGAGUUCGAUUGGGAGAAGGAGGGGGUGGGUGCUUAUUUGAGGCUGGGCGCUUAUUAACUUUUUCUGCCUUUAGAAUGGGCGCUAAUUUGAGUUUGGGCGCUUAUUCGAAUAAAUACGGUACCAAGAUUGUUUUACAUGGUAACAGUACUAACAAGCUCAGUGCAACCUCCGCAACAACAGAAAUAAGAAAAUGAGGAAAACAAAAGCUCUGACUGUACAACACGCUUUUUCGCAGGUUUCUUUGCAGUUGUUGCUCGAAUUACAUUGUCAAACUUGGCGAUCAUUACUUUGAUCUCCAAGAUCAUCUCUUUGAAAUUAUGAUGAUUUGGUCGUAACUUCAAUUUUGUUUCAAAAAACCCUUACAGGGACUCUUAUUUGGUAUCUCUGCAUGAUGGAAUAUAAAUUUAUGACUUCCAGUCUAAAAUAGCCUACAUGGCAGGUAUAGAUGGUUUCCACUGUGACGUCAUCAAAUUGCAAAGUCAAAAUAGCGAGGUAGCAUGUUUCAUUUUGAAAAUACAGCAAUUUGAACUUCCGAGUUUUCACAGUGCGUGACACCAAAAUAGGAAAUUAUGCUGUCUCUUUGAAAAAAGUCUCUCCUCUUGAUUUUCAGCAAUAUAACUACUUCAAGUAUUAGAAGAUAUGUUCAUGCAUACGUACGCUAGUUCUCGAGUGAAAAGAAAGAGCUUUUAUAGAAAAAGUAAACUCCAGAUGUUUUUGUUGAUUUCCGGCAGGCAUAUUGGUGCACCAAUAUGGCGUCUCCAUACAAAGCUCUACAAAGAUGCGUGAAAUGUUUCGCCAAAUAACUCAGAAACUGAGCCACAAAGACCUGAGACUUGGACAAAUUGUUUAUAUAUUAGUCUUUUAAAACAUUUCAUUUUCUUGGUUUCUUCCACUGGACAGUUUCCAAUUUAACUUUUUGUUGCGUGACAGUGAAAACAAUCUUUUGAUAGUGGGGGCAUAUUAUGCGAGCUAUAGCCUGAUCAGUGGAUCUGGACCCAAAGGAUCACUUGCAUAAAUACCUCGGCCCCCACUCUGUAUUUCAGCCUUGCAGGCUAGAUUCAGUAACUUGUCUGGUUGCCCAAAAGUCAUCUCAUGUGAAGUUAUGUCACCUGAAACCAGGGUUAAGUACCCCGAAAAGUGGAGUCAUGUUGCCCGAAUUUUAACAGGUGAAGUGCGCAAAGAAGUAAAGUUAAUUUUUUUAAAUAAAGAGUGUGUGUUAAUAUAUCAUUCUUUAAACCAUAAUGGACAUAAUGAGACAAAACAAGCGGUAUAACUGUGAAAUAUAUCUCACUCUUUAACUCACUCUUUAACCCGGGAAUAACAAGAAACAAGUGCGAUAAAUGAGUAAUAUAUCUCAUUCUUAAAUCUUUGAUGAGACAAAACAAGCUCAGCAAAUGGUAAAAGGGAUGCUAAGAUAUUGUUGAGCAUGAUAAAAUUUUGCGCCACCUAACUCAGCAUUUUGGGCGACUGACUAAACAUUUUGGACAAUAUAACUCUGAUGUCAGGCAAAAUGACUUUUUUAAAAAAUUUUUAAAUUUUUUAUUCUAUUGUUUUUAUUUUUUUGGCAAGAUGACUUUGGGGCGACUUGACCAUAAAACCUAGAUUCAGAAGGCAUGAUAGUACUCUCUAAGAGCUUGUAGAGAGAUCCAUCAGUUUAGGGUGUUUUAAUAAAAAGUUGCCCAAUGGGCAGGCAACAACUUUAGACAUAAGUGAAAAGGAGGGUUGAAAAACCUUCACCACUGCUUGGGGCUAGGCGUGAAUUAGCCUGCGAAAACAUUCGUUUCUCCUCGCUCUUCGCCGCUGGGGACGUUUUGCGAGGAGGAACAUCUGCGACUCAGCGACAGAAAUUCCAUACUGACGACGUAAAAUCUGUCCGGAAACUGGUCAGAAGUGCUGAUUGGUCGACCGAGUAGUUACAUUGUUUUAGCUAUUGUUUACGAAUGACAGACAAAAUACAAAAGGCCACAAAGGUCAAAUUUAAAAGCGAAGAAUCUCUAACAAAACAGUCAAUAUUUCUGGAAUAUAGUCUGUCUUCUCUAGAAGAAACAUUUGAGUUUUGCUGGAGCUUGCUGGCAGAUGAACACAACACUUCACCAAAAAUCGACCAGAAGACACAAAAUUGGACAAAUUUAUAUUUGGAACUCCAUGACUACCAGAUUCAUUAUGUAACCAUUGAUUUACGUCAUCAGUAUGGAAUUCCUGUCGCUGAGUCGCAGACGUUCCUCCUCGCGAAACAUCCUCAGCGGUGAAGAGCAAGGAGAAACGGAUGCUUUCGCAGGCUAGGCGUGAAUAUAAAAGAAAACAAAGUCAUUGUGCUAAACACAGUGUUUUCCAAAAUUUGACAGUAAGAACUUGUGAAACCCCAAAAUUCUUAAGCGUUGAUGUUUUUGAAGAUAAGAAUUAAACUUCAAGGUGUUUAAUGCAGCAUUUCCCUGGUUUUUGUAGUGGAGUGAUUACUCCUAAAACCAAUGUUUACAACUUCAGAGGAAAACAAGACCAUUUUGUGAACUGAUCGGGAUUUCCUCUUGAGGAGAAUUUCACCGAAAAUCAAAGUUAAAUAAUUGGCUAAUGAUGAUCUGUUAUACGUAUUCGUGGCUCUGCCAUACAUCUCUCUUUGAUGUUGUUCCAACUCCUGAUGGCAGUGCACUAUUCUACAGGAAAAAAAAAUGAGUUAUUGAGUAAAUUGUCCCCUGGAGGGAGUCUGAGAAGGCGACUUUUUGAUCACCAGGGUCGGGUUGUUCAAAGCUGAGUUAAGAUAAUGUAGGGUCAGUGCAAAAUUUUAAUUCAGAUAGGAAAACUUAGAAAGCAAAUUGAGAUUAAACCUUUUUGUCUACACUUUUAUGAUUGGAUGGUGUAAAAAGGAAAGAGAAAAUAUUUAAGAAAAUGCUUUUGAGCAAAAGAAAAAGACAACGGGAUUAACAAUUAACCCUGGGUUGGCGCUUAUUGGUCUUCAAAACAACUGGGCACUGGCCUUUGUCACCCUCGGGAGUUGAUUUAGCUAGCUAAAUUUAAAUUACUCACUUCUUCCUAGUUUUCUGUCGGCUUGCGAAAUUUCCUACAUAUGGUCUGUGUUGCCAUGGCAUCAUUUGCUGAGGGUUAUCAUAAACACAAAACAAGCAGUGUGGCACUUGCUGCAAUAUCCUUCCUGAACAGCGGCAAGUACACCGUGAAUCCUGAGAUGAGAGCAAAGCAGAUAGUGGAUGUUACGCAGAAGACCAACAUGGAUUUUUGCAAAGCUUUUUGGAGUUUAACUGAGGGUUUUGGAAUCCAGGUUAGUCAUUAGACCUCUUAAGAGAGCUCUGAAGAAUACAGAACAAUGGGGUAUAACAAGGGGGCAGGUCGUAGGUUGCCUACGCAGGGUGCAAAGAAAGUCAGUUUACAGUUUGCCGUUCAGGCAAGCUGUAGCUAGGAUGUACUAGCUUGAGAGUCAUUUUAUCCUGCCCAAAAAUAUUUUUUGAUGAGCAGGAUUGAUUACAGUUCUUCAGUAAUUUGAAUUCCCCAAAAAACUUCACUUGCCUAUUGGGCAAGUGAAGAACAGAAUUCACUAGCCCGAUAGCAAAAUCCACUAACCUUGGGCCAUCAGACACCACUGUCUUUGCAGACUGCUAUCAUGUAUACUCUCUUAGUUAAAAAAACUUAGUCUAUACAAUGGCCAUCUUAGAAUCAGAGAUAUGUGGCCAUGGCAGAGAGGCAGUAAGUGGAUGUAACCUUUGUGAUGGACUCUAGAGAUUGCCAAAGAUAAGGGCAAGCUGUUAAGGACAAAUCUAAUAAACACUGAAGGCAAAAAGAAGCAACCUUCCUGUUAAUGAACCUCCCUAUUUACUCUCAGAGACUUCUUGUGUUCAAUUGUGCUGAAAUUCGUUUAUUAUGUUUUAGCAUGUUCCCUUGUUGGUUUCUUCAGCCAUGAAGGUGAACAGGGUAUUCUUUAUCCCGCCUGAACCAUUUGAACUCAAACAAGCCGAUGGUGAGACAGUAACCAUUGCCCCGCCCUGUUCAUGGUCAGGUCUGGCACCGGUUCAAGUGCGCCUGUUGUCCUCUGAGUGGCGGAAGGGUCAGGUAUGAUGUUAAGAAAUUUAUUUUAUUCUCCUUCAUGGACUUUCUAACAGCAGCAGGAAGUUGAGUGUGCCAUGUUAGAGGCUGCCUCUGUCUAUAAGGCCAUGUAACAUUUAACAGAAAGCUUUACGUACUUAAAGCCUGGUUUCCAUAUGAUCGCCCGGAUCAUCCCAAUCGUCCCAGUCGUCUCAAAAAAUGCUCAGACGAUCGGGACGAUCAUAUGGAAACGCUACCUAGACGAUCGCAAACGACCUGGACGACUGAGAUGACCUUGAUCGCUUGGAUAGAGUUGAGUUCUAUCCGGACAAUCGGGACGAUCACGUAAAGUUUGAAGCGAUCAUAUGGGAACGCUCUCAGACGACUGAGACGAUCGGGACGAUCAAAGGCUAUCCCAGAAGUCAUCACUUUUUUUCCAGUAAUCGAGAAUAAAUUCGCCCCAGAUGGCACUGAAGCCGAAAAACUAAUACACAAAAUAAUGUUCGCAGCGUGUAUGGGGGUUAUUUGAAAUUAGAGAAAGUCCGUGACAUCAAGUUUUCGAAGAGAUGCUAUGUCUUCGGGGAAUGCUUCUAGCUUCUCAAUGCCGCAAAAUCAAGAGAUACCAAGGUACGACAGUGUUCUCCUUAUCAGGCGGUAACCGGUAAAAUUUACCGCCUGAAGCAACACUUCUUACUGCCUGCAACUGCUUAAAGGUUUACCAAAAUUAAAUAGUUUAAAAAAAAAAAAAAAAAAAAAAAAAAUGCGAGUUGUGAUCCGAUCCGAUCCUCACAAGAAAAUGAAUGAAUGUGUGGAAAAGUAUAGCUACCUAAGUACAAAACGUACAGCCCAAAAAUAAUGCAUGUUCAGGAACUUCUUUUUGGGUCCGCAAGCUGGUAACCGAUAGUUUUUUUUUGCAGGCGCUUUGCGCUUGAAUCCAGCGAGACGCAAGAACUUCUUUUGCGGUUAUAAAUUUAACCACAAGAAUUUCUUAAAAUUAUCUUGUGCAAAGGUAACCUUUUAAGGGAGGAAAUGUGUACAAUUUUGAUUAAAAAAAAAAGUAGCGCUUCAAAAAAUAAGGAAUGAUCGUAGUAUGUUUCGCAAAAGAGCCAUGUAAUUUGAGACCGCACGUGCAACUGUGUCAACUUAAAGCGCUCUUGGAAAAAAAACAUGCAAAAGUAAAGUAAGGAAUAUUUUAACUAAAGGCUCUUUCAAAUUAGCGCAAUAAAGUAAUAAUAAUUCCCAUGUUUUCUUGUGGGCAGAAAUUCAACGCCUUUAGUUUGUUUUGCCGAGACUAUGGUAUUGUACUAUGAAAUGAUCCAAAUAAUCGAAAUGUUCGAAACUACAGAUCGUUUUGUUAAACAAACGCCUCACUCGCUUUAUCUAACUUUGGAAAAGCUAAACGAUUGAAGUGUUCACUUUGCACAAAAAUCAGAGAGGGCUGUUCGCUUUCCCAGGCAACUUUUUACGUGUGUACUUUCAUGAUUACCUUUUGCUGCCAAAGAACUUCAUGCGCCUUCUUGAGGCUUGCGGUAAUUUUCUAGCUUCUUGCGAUGAAGAUUUUUGACUUCUUUCGUUUCAAAGUUCUUGCGGGUAAACCACAAAGAGUACGCAAAAAUACGGCACUUUCACUUCUUGCGGUGGCUUGCAUGUUCUUGCGGCGCAGCAACUUCUUACGCCACUUUUUGCGCGUGCAUUAUUUUGGUUCUAUACUAGUACUGUAUAUGCAGCUUUCCUUUUUAGGGACAUGCAUUUUGGAGACAUAGUAAAAUUAUUGGAAUCAAACGUUUUAAUUUGUUUUCUAAAGAUAACGAUAGCAGAUUUGCGUAAAAUAGGUCUUAAAAUAUGGGAAUAAAAAAUUUCCCAGUGAAGGCGGGUCCAUGUCCCUCACUCCACCGUCUCCCCUCCCCCCCCCCUUCCCUUAGAAAAGUAUAUAUUUUUUGCCUUACCGUCCAUGAAUGGUCCCUUACCUGCUGAGCUAAAAUUUAGGGAGAACACUGGUACGAGGUUCGCUUUACAAUUAAAAAUCAUCCAUUUAUGUGGCUUGUUUGCAAAACACGUGCAAAAAUUCUAUUGUCUGACCCAGAGACAUCGCUGACAACCCCACGUCUCUUGCCUUUGAGGCGAUCGAGACGAUCAUAUGGAAACUACCAAUAGUCCCAGUCGUCCGGAUCGUCUCAAAAUAUUUUGAAACGACUGGGGCGAUCGGGACGAUCCGGACAAUCAUAUGGAAACCAGGCUUAAAGAACCUGUUUGCAUCUGUGAUUUUGAGGUCAUCUAAGGGAACAAUCUUGUUAGUGAAGUUAGACAACUGGACAUCAUGUGAAAGUGAUUAUUAGGUGUUUGUGAUAUUUUAAGUUCCUAAAUGAAUACUAAUACAUUGACAUUUUAAGUUCUAAAUAUUGAUAAAAGUACUUUAUGGAUAUUUUUGAUAUUUUCCAGAGUAAGGAUGGUACCACACACCAUGGACAAUCACCAAAACCAAAAAGUGACGGUCUGUUGGUUCAUGUUCACGGCGGCGGGUUUGUGGCCCAGUCAUCUAAAUCACAUGAGGUACAACACAUGCUAUAUUAAUCAACAGUUCAAACAGGCCUUUACAAGUCCUUGAGAACACACUUGGUCCCUGAAUGUCCUUGAAAAUUCAAUACUUUUAACCCCAAAAGCCUUUGAAACUUACUGAAACUGCUGGAAAUAAAUUAUUGCAGUGUUUAAUCCUGUAGGUCGAAAGGGUGACUAACAUCAAUUUUCUCUUAACAACAUCAGCAGAUCAUCAAGAGUAAAGGUUAUGAGAAUUACUAAAUUGAUUACCAAAGGGAGAAUUCUUUGGUUUUAAACCAAAUUCUCUCAACUAUUCAUAAACGAAAUGUAUGGAGAUCCGUCUGGAGAAUUUGUAUGUGGAUAUUAACUAAGGGCUUUUAAAGGGGUUUAAACAGCCCUUCAUGGCCCUUCUCAGCCCUUCUUGGAGAGCUGAAUCCUACCCACAUUUUUGUAAAGAUUUGGGUGUUGAAAAAGCAAUUGAUACAGUCUGUACACUUUUUAAUGUGUUUCUUAAUAUUUUUCUCAUAAUUGCAUUUGUCAUUACGAGCCAUCAAGUACAUUACAGUUUAGAAGUUAUUCAUGUUAUGAUUGCAUGAAAACCAAUAUACCUAGAAAAUGCAAAUUGGUUCUAAAAAAACUUGAAAUACUCGUACAUGUAUGUGAUCAGUGGUAUCCUAUUUUGUAAUGAAUGAAUGAUAGCCAAUACAAGUUCCAAAAUUAACUUGACAUCAUGGUAACUAGAUAAGAGUUUUUGGUUGUCAGAUAGCAAAAAAUAGUUGCAAAAUUUUAUUUUUGAACAAUGAGACAUGAAAAAAUUGAAUGCUUUGGACAUUUUAUGUUCAUUGUCCUUAACUAUUAUCCUUAGUUAGUUUACAAAGAGUCUACAAUGUUGGCAGGAUGGCACAUAAGUUGAAUUUUAAUGGUAAACCAAUAUCAUCUGAUCCUCCAACAACUGUUUCAAAUACUGGACUGGAAACUUAUCUUACUGGCAACUUGACUAGCCUUGUAAUUCAAGUUGCUAUCUCUCAAUUUGUAGGCACAUUGACAAGCCACCACUUAGCCUGCGUUGCAGGCAUUCAAAGAUGAGUGGAAAGGGGCUUUUGGGCAUGGGAGAAAUGCUAGGGGUGCGUGAGGGGGGAGGGGCCUCCUUGUGCUCCCCUCGCGUUUCUCUUGUGCCAACACCUGCCAUGCAGGCUACCAGACACUAGUUGUGGACCCUGCAUUAUACAGAAUGUUUUUAUCUUUCAGAUGUAUCUUCGAUCCUGGGCCAAAGAACUGAGUGUGCCUAUCUUAUCUAUAGAUUAUUCACUCGCCCCUGAAGCACCCUUCCCUCGGGCGCUGGAGGAGUGCUUCUUUGUUUAUGCUUGGUGUUUGAACAACUUCCAUCACCUUGGCACUAAUGGCAAGCGAGUAUGUGUAGCUGGAGAUUCUGCAGGUAGUGCCUUUUUCCAGAGUUUAGCAUCACAGGGUUCACAGAGUAACAUUUGUUCCUUUUUCAGUCCACUGGCCUCUGCAAAUCUCAUGUUGUUAGCUUCAGUUUUGCAAAGGGCAAUAGUGAAUUGUGACCAUUUUCCACUCAUGAUUUUGUGGCAUUUGUCAACUAGAGUUGUGGCUACCAUGUUUAAUAUUGCAAAAAAAGUAAUGGCCAGGGUUGUCACUAAGAUUUCAAGUUGCUAGGUAAUUUCAACAAGUAGGCGGGGAAGCAAACAGCUACUGGGGUUUUGUUUGGUUCUGUUUUUCUUCUAUAUUCACGUUCCUAGUAGCCGGGGCAAAUCCCCAGCCCCACCUCUUAACGACAGCUCUGAUCGCUGUCCAAAUGUAACUUGUGAAGAAAUUACUUUGUAUAUCAUGCAAGAUUAAAACUAGGCACUUAGUCUUUAUUUCAUUGCCCCUUUUACCUGGCUCCAACUCCAUUUUUUCCAUUUUUGUUCAUUUACAAUAAGUACUGUCUUUUCUCAACUCUGGUCCAAUGAGCCACAAAAAGUUCAGUGUAGGAGGCUGACCUUGAGAGUCUGAAUGAGGUUUACUGUUAAUUCAGUGUUAUUUGCCCUUUUUCUUAACCUUGUUGUUUUAGCUACAAAUGAUAUUAUCAAUUUUAAAUGUUAGAAAAACUUAGCAUUUAAGUGUCUGGAAUUAAUAUUGUUGAAGUAAUGUGGGUAGCCUUGUCCUAAUCUCUAUUGCAUGAUCUUUGCCUACCCCUCAGGUGGUAACUUGUGUGUGUCAUUGAGCUUGCGUGCGGCAGAAUAUGGCAUUCGAGUUCCUGACUCCAUUCUUGCUGCAUACUCACCAUUCAAUGUGCAGUGGGUGCCUUCACCAUCUCGUCUCCUUAGCCUCAUGGACCCACUAUUACCCACCGGAGUACUUGGUGCAUGCUUAGCUGCUUACUCUGGCAUGGGAAAGUCACCAUUUGAUGACUGCACCAAGAAGUCGAUCAAAUCUCUUACUGGCAAGAGUAGUGAGCCUGUGAAUAUAUCUGAUAAAAGGAAGAAGACAAACUCCCUGUUACGUCUGCUGAGAGUGGGGUCUAGGGAUAGCAAGCACAGGGAAAACAGUUUUUUGGAAGCAAGCCCACAGGCAAGCGACGAGAGUUUCCAUAGCUGUUUAAGCUCACCACAGUCUAUAACUCAAAAAAGUGAGAUCAGGUCUGAUCCAAAUGAAACUUCUGGUUGUCAUAGUAGCCCUAAGGACUUGCCGCAGUGUAAUGGAAUUCUGCAUUGUCAGGAGAAUUUCAACUCUGAAAUGCCCAAACACAAUGAAGACAGAGAGCAUGGUGGGGACAGUUCCUCUACUUCAACAGAGCAUUCACAACAUCCACAGUCAAGAAAACACUCGCAUGACAGUACACCAAGCCAAUCAUUAAGCCCUCAGCGGAGUAAACAUGGCCGAGGGGAUGACUCAGAGCACAUAGCAGUGCAUUACCAUACUGACAUAGAGGAGUGCCAUGUGGUAAAUGUUGUAGAGUCACCAGGAAGCCCCAGCAAAGAGCUCCUACUUUUUCCUCUGGAUGUACCUGAAGAUGAGCCCUACCUGGAGGUGGGGACACCACCGGAGGGGGACCAGGGAGUGGAACACACUGAAGAUACUCAUGAAAGGACCACAUCUAUGUCCCAAGUGUCUUUGCCUAUUGCCAAGAAUCCUUAUAUGUCUCCUCUUCUGGCCUCUGAUGAAAUGCUGAGAAGUUUGCCUCCAAUUGAUUUAGUGGUAUGUUUCUUUGAUUUUACCUCUUUUGCACCAUGGUGAUCGCCUCUUAGUCUUAGCAGCCUCUUGUCCAAUCUUUAAUGAUGGACACUUAAGCACCAAUAUCCACAAAGAAAAACCAUACAGACCUAUUUCCAUGAGAGAAUUUGUUUAAAGAUCAAAUCAUUUUCCCUAAGGGAUCAUUCCAUUUCUUCUCAUCACCUUUUCUUUUCAUAUGUAUUAAUGUUAUUGGGAGAAAAUUGAUGUUGGUCACUCUUGAAACUCAAGAGUUAAUAGUCAGAGGUUUGACUGUAUUUUUUUCCACUACAGGCAUGUUCAUUGGAUCCCAUCUUGGAUGACUCAGUUGAGUUUGCACGAAGGCUUCGCUCCUUGGAAAAGGAUGUGGAACUUUACAUCUUAGAAGAUUUACCCCAUGGAUUUCUGAGCUUUCAUCUCGUCAGCCAAGAUUCUAGGGAGGGAAAUGAGCUAUGUAUCGUCUGCUUAAAAAGAAGUUUAUGUGGAAAGCGAAAAGGAACUGUGGAAAAGCCCCCAGUGUACUAAGUGUUUAAGGUAACAGUAAACUGCAUCAGAGGGCUUUUGCCUGGUAAAACUGGUUGUCAUAUUUUUCUGAAGGAGAAUUGCAGGACAUCCCAGAAUUGUAAGGAAAGUAUUCUCCCACACAUGGAGUUUAAUGUACACAGGUCAAAGCAGCCAUACUCAAGUUUGUUUCAUUCAGUUCUAGCAAUGUGCAGAGCAUCUUUUUUGCAACAAAUGUCAUGGCUGCUCUUCUGAUCGGUUGCUUUAUCAUGAGGCUAAGAAACCAAAAACCUUCAUUCUUGAUCCUUAAGUUCAAGACCUUAUCUCAUAAGAAGAAGGCUCGUUCUAACUGUAGUAAAAACUAGGGGUGCUUUCCAUUCAAGCAAAACAUCUGGUUUGAAUUUUCUGCAACUUCCAGUAACAAACAGAACAGCAUUUCCAAAAUUUCUGAAAAAGAAGACAAUCUCACGAGGUAGACCAAAAUUUUUCACAAAUUUUUUCUUGGAAGUUUUCUUUCCAUUCGACUUUGCUCCCAGAAUUUCUAAGAAGUUUUAGUUGAAUUGUUUACAUUUCAGAAAUUCAACAGCUUUUGCAAUUUCUGGAAAUUUUCUGUACCAUUUGUUGCUGUUUCCAAGUUUUUGAAAAAGUUUUGACUGAAUGGAAAGCACCAAAAGUGUUAAAAAUUAUUUGAGCAAAAUCCUGUAAGGUGGGAUUCAAAACGUGCAGUUAUAAGCCAGGGGAGAACAUAAGACAACUAAAUAAUGAUGCAAGAGGCAAAGUAGUUUAGGAUCAGAGAGAACAGCAGCUUUUGGCAGGUGUUCUUGUUGCACCUUUACAGCCAAAAGCACUUUCAUGAAUGGAUUAAAGUGGUCCCCCGUGGUAAAUUUCACAAGCUAGUUAGGCUAGUAGUAACAUUAUCUGUGUUAGCAUGGGCAUUUUACACAAUUUUCUUAACCUCAAAGACUGGGAGUUGUACAUUUCAUACCUAAUGUCCUUCUUGAUCUGGCACUGCUUAUCCUUGAAAGUCCUAAACAUUUCAUGUUUUUUGUGGAGGAAUAUUAUAGCAAUGAGCAAUGAUAUGCUUGCGCAAUGAGCAAUGACCAUGAGUUUCAGAAGAUCUAGAAUAAUGAAUUUUGCAUAUCAGUACCCCUUGCAGGCAAGGAUUGCUUCACUGACUUAUACAGUGAAAUUUUAGCAUCAAUUUUUCAAACCUUAUUUUGUAUUCUGCACACUGUUGUUAGAAAUAUUUUUCCCCCGUUAAUGCAAUACUAUCAAAUUUUGGGGUGAGAGGUGGUAUUUUUUCUAUGGAUUUAUCUUUGGGUUGCUACUGUACAAAUUUGGGUCAAAUACACUUUUAUUUAAUGAUACAAAGUGAAUGUAAACAAGUAUGCAAAGUUUUGGUGUUUGAAAUGCUGAAAUGACUUUAUUAAUCUAAUGCUUAAUAGAACUAUACAUGGCAAAC